UUUGGAAAUUUGAAGCAAAAAAAGUACCAGAAGCAUCAUGAACUCCUUCCUGCUUGUGACGUUAUGUUGUUUAGGACUGGCAGCAGCACAGGACAACUUAUUUAGUUUUCUAGCAAUGAAAAGACUACUUGAUCAAGCCAAUCAACAACCAGGAACUGCUGAAAACACGAUAGCUUCAAAAGGACUGAGCACAUCAAUUACCCCUGGAACAACCGGAAGUCAAACGUUCGGAAGAACCAGCAGAAGAAAUGGCGUAUUCCGGAACCCAAUGAACUGGUACUUUAUGGACCAAAUGGUGGACAUUCCUGACGCCAUGAUGUUGCCUUUCUUGAUGGGAGGGUUUAACUAGAUUUUGACUGGAGUUUCUGCUUUACGUAAAAUUAUUUGUUUGCAGUUCACGAAUAAAAAGUUUUCCUAACUUUUACCGACAUGCUUACAACUGAAGACACUUAUUAUCUAAAUUUGGCAAUAUUUAUUUUAUAAUUAGUUUUCUUUAAUUAUUUUCUCUUGAAAAUGAGAAACGCUACCUUAAAAUUAGAUUUUAAGAAGUGCACCUGCAAACAAACAAUUUUGUAAAAGUGGCCUUAUGUGUUGACAACGUGCAGAACAUUCUAAGAGUGGAUGGUGUUUACACUUAAAUGCAGUUCUAAGUUCAGAAAGACACAAAGACGAUAUCAUAUUCAUUUUCUUUUCUCGAUUAUUUAUAUAACAUUUAAUGUCUAUGUUCAUAUCCAUUAAAAUAUGUUCAAUUCUU